AUGGCGUUUAAUGACGAACAUCAAAUAAACGCAAAUGUGACAUCAAACGCAAAUCAAUCAAAAGAAGAUCGAAAGAGAGAAGAUUUAAAUGAAGAGAAGAAUGAAAAUAUAAAUGAUAAUGAGAAACAACAAAAUUUAAAUAAAAAUCAAAAACAUCAACAAGAUCUACAACAAUUUCAAACAAGUGUAAAUAAUUCAGAUAAUCAAUCAAUAAACAACCACCAUCACCUCCUUGUCCAACAACAACAACAAAAUGCUAUGGAUUAUGAUUCUACUAUAACUUCCAUUGCUUCAUCAUCUUCAAAAUAUAAUUCCAACUUAUAUGAUCGACUAAAUAAUCGAAAUAAAUCAUCAUCAGAUUCAAGUGAUGAUGACGAAUCAUGGUAUUAUACAUUUAUAGUGGGCGACGUGGUUAAAAAUUUUUCAUUAGCUUAUUUUGUAUCAGUAAUGGGUACAGGUAUAUCAUCAUCAUUAUUAUAUGAAUUUCCAUUUCCUGGAGAAUGGUUAAAAAUUUGUUCUUACAUAAGUUUUGCAAUUUGUUAUCCUUUACAAGCAAGUUAUAUGGGAUGUUUUUCAAUGGGUUUUACAACUAUUGUAAAUUAUAUUACUUUAUUAGUUAAUGGAAAACAUAUGUAUUUAGUUUGGACAUUAUGGUGGAUUGCUGUUAUAACUGCUAUUUAUACAUCUUUUCUAAUAGUAUUUUUAUCAUUUUUUUCAAAAUUAAAUAAAGUUGAACAAGAUGUUAAAUUAAAUGCUACUUUAUUAUUACCAAUAGUUGCUAUAACAGUUGUUUCAUCAUCUGGUCAUUCAAUUGAAAUGGAAUUAUAUAAAUUAAAUGAAACUAUCGUUACAAUGAUUGUAAGUUUAAUGUUAUGGUGUAUUUCUGUUUCAUUAGCUUAUAUUAUUAUGACAAUUUAUAUUUAUAGAUUAAUUAUUCAUAAAAUUCCUUCAACAAAUUUAAUUUUUACUGGGUUUUUACCUGUUGGAUUUUUAGGUCAAUCUUCUUAUAGUAUUUAUUUAUUUGGAAAUCAUGUUAAUCAAUUAAUACCUGAGGAUUUAAUUUAUGGGAAAAUAUUACUUUGUAUUGGUGGAUUUACUGGAAUUUUUUUAUUAAGUUUUGGAUAUUUUAUGACAUUUAUUGCUAUAAUAUCCAUAUUUUCUAAGAUAUCACCAUUUGCUAAAACCCCCAAUUUAAAACAUACAAAUAAAUAUGGUUCAUUAAAACAUAAUAAAGGAUUUUGGUCAAUGACAUUUCCCAUGGGUACUAUGUCCUUAGGUAAUACAGAAAUUGGUAGAGGUGGGAUUGGUAAUUAUCCUUUAUUAACUUUUAAAGUAAUGGGUGCAAUAUUUGCAGUAGCUUUUGAAAAAUCAUUAAAACCAGGUCCAUAUCGACCUUAUAAAUCCAUUCAAAGUAAACCAACAUCACAAAAUCUAACAAAAUAUGAUUUUAUAAUAUCAUUAUAUAUAACUUGUAUUUCAUUUAUACGACUAUAUAAAAUUUAUCAACCUUCAUCUGUUGUAUUUGAUGAAAUUCAUAUAAUGGAUUUUUUAUCACUAAUUAACCAAAGAAAAUUUGUUGUUGAUGUUCAUCCUCCUUUGAUUAAACUUAUAUAUUAUGGAAUUGCAAAAAUUGAAGGUUAUCAAACUCAAAAUUUUGAAUCAAUUGGUUCAAAAUAUGAAGAAAAUGUACCUUUUAUUUCAAUGAGAUUAUUUUCAGGAAUUUGUGGAGUUUUGGGAGUUAAUUUUAUAUAUUUUAUAAUUAGAAUAGAUCAUGGUUAUUUAAUUUCAAUUUUUACUUCUUUGCUAAUAUUAUUUGAAAAUUCUUUAUUUAUUCAAUCAAAAUUUAUAUUAUUAGAUUCACCUUUAUUAUUGGGACAAAUUUUAACAAUAUUUUGUUUUAAAAAGUUUUUAAGAUCUAGUAUUGGUUCAACUGGGUGGUGGAAAUUUUUAAUUUUAACUGGAUUUGCUCUAGGUUGGACAAUUUCAUGUAAAUCUACUGGAAUUUUUAUUUUAAUUUGGGUUGGAAUAUUUACAAUAAUUGAAUUAUGGGAUAUAUUAGGUGAUUUAACAAUUUCCUCAUAUCAAUGGGUAAAACAAGUUAGUUAUAGAAUUUUUGGAUUUUUAAUUUUACCAUUAACUAUUUCUUUAUUAGUUUGGAAGAUAUAUUUUGAAUUAUCAAUAUAUGAAGGUCCAAAUAAUGGAUCAUUAUCACCUUAUUUCAGAUCAAGUUUUCAAGAUUAUAAACCAUCACCAGUUGAAGUAUUAUAUGGAAGUACUAUAACAAUCAAACAUAAUGAAUUAGAAAAAUAUUUACAUUCUCAUAGUUUAACAUACCCUAGAGGUUCAAAUUUACAACAAGUUACAUUAUAUCAAUUUGAUAAUGAUCCCAAUAACGAAUGGAUUAUUGAAACUCCUCAUAAAUAUUAUGAAGAUAAAUUAAUGAAAAGAAAAAAACCAGUAAAAGAUGGUGACGUAAUUAGAUUAUAUCAUAAAUCAACUGAAAAAUAUUUACAUGUAAAUGAUAUAAGACCACCAAUAUCAGAACAUGAUUAUUCAAAAGAAGUAAAUUGUAAUGAAACAAGAGGUUUAUUAGGAGAUUCAGAAUAUGAAUUUAAAAUUAGAAUAAUGUCAAAAAAGCCACAUUCAAAAAAUAAUUUACCAAUGAUAAAAUUAAGAUCAACUGAAUCAAUUUUCCAAUUAAUUCAUAAACAUGAAAAAUGUAAUUUAAUAAGUCAUUUUAAUAAAUUACCAAAUUGGGCCGAAUAUCAAAAUGAAGUUUUAUGUGUUGAAAAUCCAACUAUACCAAAUUCAAUGUGGUAUAUUGAAUCAAAUACACAUCCACUUUUGGUUGAUAAUUUUGUUGAAUUUCCUCACCCAAUUCUGUUUUGGGAAAAAAUUUGGGAAAUUCAUAAAGUUAUGAUAAGAAUUAAUUCUGAUUUUACAAAUGAUCAUAUUUCAAGUUCAUCUCCAAUAAAUUGGCCAUUUGUUUGGAAUGGUAUACCUUAUUUUAUAAAUUCUUCAAUAAAUCUAGGAUUUAAUGAAAAUCCUUCACAAAUUUAUUUCUUAGGAAAUGUAGUAAUUUAUAUUGCAAGUUUCAUUAUAAUUAUUUUAAGUUUGAUCAAAAUAUCAUUUCAUAUUUUUAAAAUUUCAAAUCCUUAUAUUAUAUAUUUUGAACCAAUUAAAAAAAUUAAAUAUUAUAAUAAUUCAAUACAAUAUGUCACUGGUUAUUUUUUAAAUUAUUUACCUUAUUUUUGGAUGGAAAGAAAUUUAUAUGCUCAUCAUUAUUUACCUGCUUUAAUUUUUGCAAUUUUAAAUAUGGUUGAAUUUAUAAAUUAUCAACACCUGUUUAUAAGGUAUUUUUUAAUGAUUUCAAUUUUGGGUUCUUCAUUAUAUUGUUUUUAUCAAUUUAUACCUAUAAUUUAUGGAACAAACUGGACAUUUGAUCAGUGUAUUUCACAUAAAUGGUUCCCCAGUUGGAGUUUAGAUUGUAAUACUUAUUUAGGAUAG